CGAUAGCAGAGUAUAUACACAUACAUACAUACACACACACACACACAUAUACAUUAUAGUUCAUAUAGGUUAAAGAAUUUUAUUGUCACGCAUAAGAUUAUUAAUUUAUCAUAUAACCAAAAUUAAAUUGUGAUAGUGAAACAUAAUAAUUUAAUUAAACAAUUUAAAAUGCCAGGAACACCUAUGAAAGAAAAGAAUGAUACAUUACAGAAAUUGCAAAUAACGGAACGCCCUCCGGUUACAAAUUAUGAACCUGUUGUGCGGGAAUUAACACAAACUGAUAGAUUAAAUAAAAAAUUAUUGGUAUCGCUUUUAGAAAGAAUGAAUAAAUCAACUGGCGAAUUCGAUAAAUUUAUGGACAAAGGAAAUAACAGUUGUGAUUCUCAAAAUGAUAAUGAGUUUUAAAUGUAAAUAUGCAUAUUAUAAAAGCUAACCUACAUAUAUCAUUAAGAUCGACAAGAUUAUCCUUACAAUUGUAUAAUUAUUAAAAAACGAAUAUUAUUUAAGAAGAGAAGAAAAUUUACAGAGUUUUUUGCAUUUAAAUAUUUAUAUUUAAGAAUUUUCUAAAAAAUUUAGUAUUAAACGAAGAAUUAAUAUUUUGUAUAUAAGAAAGUGGGAAUACAACUUGUUGAAUAUGACGACGCUAUCAGAUACUUCUGAUUAUAAUGAAAAUGAACAUGAUAUAAUAGUUCAAUAUGAAAAUCAAGAGUCAGAGGAAGAUCAAGAUAUUAUUCAACAAAAGUUAGACUUGGAAAAUGAAGAAAAUAAAGAAGAAAAUAUAAAAAGAAUUGAUCCAUCAACUUCAUCUAAAAAACAUAUA